UAACAAGUGUUCGUGGAGAAGAAGGAUUCCUCCUGCCUGAGAUGAUCGUUGCUCAAUCGCCGACGACAUCCUGCGCGCAGAAGAAUACAUAAAGAUGAUAAUUUCUGCAUUGGUCGUCAAUGUGCAAAUCCUCGAGUCACUCCGGCGAAGGCGGCGCGUGGCUUGCUCGCGCGUGAAGCAUGCUUCGAGUACCGGCUGAAAGCUGAAAGACGAUCACCUCCGUAUUCCCCGCUGCAGAAACGGCGGUUAAGCAUUUUCAGGCUGACGCAUUACGCAAACAUUUUGAUUGUUGCCACGCAGUGACGGGCGCGUGUUAGUUGUACCGUCACUCCCGUCCCGAUCGCUUCGAUCGACAUGAGCCCCGCGAUGCGGAGUGGAGCACAGGAGUCCGAUCGCAAACAGUCCUCAUUAUUGGCGUCUCACCGAAUAAUAUUACACGCCAACGGCGACGGCGGUAGCAAGCGUUAGAAUUUUGGACCCGGCGGGAAGGUUUUCCUACCAAAGCUCUCUUUUUGAGUGUUUAAUUUAACUUGGUGCCCUUCGUCACACGACCCGAUGUCUCGACUCAUAUUUCGUUUCGAUGAACAAGCGUAAUAUCUUCCGUGGCAUUCAUACGACACCCUUCGAACAAUGUUUGAAAAACGAAGCUGAAUUUUGCGACGUAAGGGUUUUGGAAGUAGAAACUGAAGAGGAGUCUGAGAGCAGAAGAGUUCAAUAACGUCUAUCGCUGAUUCAAUGACAAGGGAGAGAAGAGGAGCACGUUCAUGUUGGAUCGUAACGCGUGUAUGAAGCCGGGGACCACGGAAUAUAAAUACGAAUCCUCGCGACGUUCUCUCCGCUGGAAUCGAUAUGCUAAGCGGAUGAGCGGACAGGACGGAUACAUCGGCUAGCUGGUAGCAUCGCGAUCGAUAUACAGUCUCGAUAAAGGGAGGCGCACCGGCCGGUCGAGACGAAGAAGACGAUGAAGAGGAAAAAGAAGAAGGAGUAGGAGGACGAGGAGGAGAAGAAGAAGAAGAAGAGAAGAAGUCGCGGCGGUUUUAGAUCCGGCGAUAUAGGUGGCACGAUAUAUAAGCCGUUCGGUCGCCGGUCCGCGUCUCCGUGGCCGGGCAUAUAUAAUCGGGCAUACGUAACAGUUUUUACAUUUGCGUAACACGAUCGCGCAGUCGAUCGAUGACGAGGGACGCGGCGCCUCGUGAAAGAAAAACGGCGUUUCGAUAGAAGAGACGAUCCCGCCGAUCGGCAGGACACGUCCGGCGUAUAUAAGCCCGUGGAUGGACCUCUCGUGCGUUUCAGUCGCCCGAAAACCCCUACGAGUUCCGGACAGUCUCUUCUUUCCCAUCAACGAACCCUCUUAUCCCCUUUCUUUCUUUUCCUCCUGCCCUACUCGCGUCGUGCGUUCACCGCUCCUCCUCCCGGGUUCGCCCGUUCUCCAAUCUUUCACGGUCCAGCCGUCCUUCAGCCUUCCGGCUGUAGGUGCACAUGCAUCGCUCGUCGCCGGUGCACAUGCACUUGCGUAUACCAACGAAACUAUACCGCGCGAUCAUCAUCGCGCUCUCCUUCCUAUCUCUCUCUCUCCUUCACUCUCACUCGCCACACACUAUCGCCCUUGUCCUUCUCCUGUCUCUUCUCGUCUCAAGUCCUCCUUGCUCUUUUUUUGCCCCGGCCACCAGCGAACGCGCGCGGCGUCUCCUUCGCUAGUAACUUCCUCCCUCUCUCCCCCUUCCUUCACCCUCUUCCAACAACGUCUAGCUCUUUUUCUCCCCCUCUUCCUGACUACUGUCCUGUCGUCGUCGAUUCUGACCAUUUUACUUUUGCACACUCUUGUUUAUCUGUCCCGCAACGCGAGCGCGCGAUCGCUCCUGUAUACAUUCCUUUUUCGCUGUGCAAUUGAACGACACUCGUCUCAUUUGCACGUCGAAAUUAAGGAAGGUGGAAGAAAGAGGUGAAGAGAACGGAAUACACUGGGAUAAGAGUGACAAUGUUGGAAUGGUACGUCGGAGUUACGGGCUUCCUGCUGACCCUCCUUGUCUACUUUGCGUAUUUCUUCAAAUUCAACUGGGUGAAAGAUUUGAGAAGUGAGAGUAAAACUCGGCGGACCGGCGUUCACGCGGGUAGCAAGAAUCGAAAAUUGGGUAAACUGCCGCCGGUCUAUCCGAACGGAUGGUUCGCCCUGCUCGAGAGCUCGCAAAUAAAAAGGAGUCAAGUGAAACACGUGUCCGCUCUCGGCGAAAAUUUCGCGGUGUUCAGAACCGAAAAAGGUGUGGUCAACAUUUUAGACGCGUACUGCCCGCAUUUGGGGGCAAACAUGGCCGAGGGUGGCCGUGUGACGGGAGAUUGCCUGGAGUGUCCCUUUCACAGCUGGAAGUUUCGCGGAGAGGACGGCUACUGCGAGAGCAUACCUUAUACGGAAAAAGUGCCACAUAUCGCUCGAGCGAAAGUCUGGAAGUGCUGCGAAGUGAAUCGUUUAAUCUUCGUCUGGUACCAUUCUGAGUUAGCUGAGCCGGACUGGCAACCCCAGGCGCACACAUGCAUUUCCAACGGGGCCUGGCGCUACCAAGGUCGUAAUGAGUUCCUCAUUAACUGCCACAUACAGGAUAUUGCCGAGAACGGGGCUGAUCCCGCGCAUCUCAACGCGGUGCACGGUCCGGCUAUGUUCCUCAACGGCAACCUGUCCUGGCUGGCUCGGCACGUGUGGAUCACUAACAGGGGAUGGCAGGCGCACUGCUCGUACGACAGCGAGGCGAACGAGGACGCAAACGCGGAUACAGAAGUAGCGGAGAUGAGUCUUAAAUUGAACGGGGCGUCGAUCCACCACGCGGUCGCGCACAACGGCUUCGGUAGAAGGGAGAAGCACAGGGCCGGCCUGGACAUGUGCCACAAGCUGAUCCUGCUGGAGCGUUUCAGCGUGAUGGAGCUCGACGUGCAGGUCGAGCAGAUCGGCCCUAGCUACGUCGAGUUGCUGCUCAACACGUCGCUCGGGCCUAUGUGCAUCCUGCAGACAGUAACGCCGAUCGAGCCGCUGCUGCAACGGGUGACACAUCAGAUCUUCUCGCCGCCCCUGCUGGCGCCGUACGCAAAUCUGGUCUUCCUGGGCGAGUGCGUCAUGUUCCAGCGCGACAUCAUGGUCUGGAACUACAAGAAAUACGAACGGCAACCGAUCCUGGUGCGCGAGGAUCGUGCCAUUCUCGCGUACCGUCGUUGGUACUCGCAAUUCUACUCUGACAACAGUCCCACCUAUCAAACGGCCGUGAAGGACCUCCAGUGGUAGCGAUACCUUCCCUUUAACAGGUAACUUAUAUACUUUCUGUAAAAUUUCUAGUAUUUUUAUUAUAAAAAUAGAUAAGUUACAUAUAAUGGUUAUUCUUAAAGAAACGCAUUCUCGAGAUAUGUUAAUUCUAACAUAAAUAGUUGUUAAUCUAAGACAAGAUAAAAUU